GCAGCGGCCGGAGAAAAGCCUCGGAGUGAAUGUGAGUCGUGUUUGGGGGUUUUGGGUGUUUAUGAGCAGAAACUGAGACGGAAACUGAUCCCAGACUCUUCAUUCACGGUCAGUGCUGAAAGAGCUAAAGGAGGAAAGAAGAGAGAAGAUCUCUGAGUUUGAUCACCUGAGUGGGUUCUGACACCUGUUGGAGGAGCAGCAACUCUGCGUGUUUGUGUGGAGGAGCUGAGGCCAGUCUGAUCCAGGUGUCCUCCUCGCCAUCUGUGAGUGAUGUUUGAAAAGCAGCCGUACGACAGCCCCCCCAUGUACACUCCUCCGUCCAAUGGCUUCGGACCCCCGGGUAGCUUCCAACCCCCACGGACCGAGAUGGAUGAGUACCCUCCCCCUCCCGGGUCCUACUUUGUGGGCGAGGAGAUUCCCCAGAACUUCUACAAAUGGUCCUCCCCGCCAGGCAUAGUGAAGAUCAUGGAAGGAGCUAUCGUGGUCUUGUGCUUGGGAAUUUUCGCCUGUGUUGCUUCCACACUGGUCUGGGAUUUGCAGUACGGUUAUGGUUACGGAACCGGGCUUGGGGUCGGUUACGGUACCGGCUAUGGUUCUGGAUAUGGAUAUGGAAGCUACGGCUAUGGAGGCCUUGGUUCUGGCUACUAUGGAAGUGGAUACUACAACUACCCGACACCGUACACCGCCAAGACCGCAAUGAUCGCGAUGGCAGCCAUCAACUUUAUCGUGGCGCUGGGCUUCUUCGUGGCUAGCUUCUCCAAAACGAGGGCCGUGAGAAGCAGGAAGUUCUACCUGGCCAUUCUAGUGUGCAGCAUUAUUCUAGCCGUGCUUCAGGGCAUCAUAAACAUCGUCUACAUCGUGGGAGUGAACCCCAUGGCUCAGAGCUCCUCCAGCAUGCUGUAUAACCCCAUGUUAAUGAUGUGCCAGAGUCUGUACGGGAACAGUGUGAGCGGAAUGGGAGCAGGAUUCCCGCUCUACAACCAGUACCUCUACCACUACUGCUACGUCGAUCCACAGGAGGCAGUGGCGAUGGUUUGUGGCUUUUUGGUUGUGAUUGCUCUGGCUGUGGCUGCGUUCUUCUCCUACAAGACGAGGAGUAAAAUCUGGCGCUACGGAAAACCCAACGUCUACUGGGACGAGCCUCUGACCGGGGGACCGGAGGGCAGAGACGUGGAGGACUGGGUCAAUAACGUUGACCAGGAUGGUCAGAGCACGCAUGAGCCAUCGGUGAUGUUUUCAGAGAAAGGAGCUCCACCCCUCAACAAGUCUCAGUCCCAGAGUGUCAGUUCCAUCCCCCCAAAGAGUCCAGGGGGCUUCAGCAGUGACCCCUACACACCCCCAGCUUAUUCUGACCGUUUGUUGGGUCGGUCAUACGAGCCGGAGUAUCCACCAGGUGGCGCUAGCUCCAGCCCCUCAGACCGAACAGACGGCGUGAGGAAACCCUCAGCAAACCGUGGUAAAAGACGCAGGAGGAACCCAGAACUGGACGAAUCUCAGUACGAGACUGAGUACACCACAGGCGGAGAGACAGGAAACGAACUGGACCAGGACUACUGGAUGAGCAUGUACCCCGAGAUCAGCUCCGAUGCGCAGCGGCAGGAGUACAAGCGGGAGUUCGACUCGGACCUGAGGAGAUACAAGCAGCUCUGCGCAGAGAUGGACGACAUUAAUGACGACUUAAACAAACUGAGCCGAGAGCUGGACACGCUGGACGAGGGGACGACCAAAUAUGAGGCCGUGGCAGAGGAAUUUAACCGACUGAAAGACCUGAAACGGAUGCCGGACUAUCAGGAGAAGAAGCUGCAGUGUCGCCGGCUGCGCCACAAGCUGUUCCACAUCAAGCGCAUGGUGAAGAGUUAUGACCGAGCCCAGUCUUAAAAAGCUCCUCUCUUUUCUCCACAACACUCCUGAAUCUGAAAGCGAGGACUGUAGGCCAAAAAGCCUGUUUGUGUGUCUGUUCUGUGUGAAUGUGAAGCUACCAGGACCAGGAGCGGCCCAGUCUGCUCUGUCUGUAGACUCGUCCAGCGCUAAUCUUUAACCGCAAUGAUGAUAAACCAGACGCCAUCUCACCGGUGAUCAGGGAGUUAUUCCACAUGCCAGGGACUGUUUCUAAACUUCCACUUUCAGCUAAAGUGUCACUUUGGCCUCUUUUCCACUGUAGAACCAAACAGUUCUGAGCUCGGAGGGUAACUGUUGUGGUGGUGGUUCCACACAAACCAAGCACAGCGACAUGGUUAAGUAACCAUGUUCUGGGCUGUAGAACCAUUUGGUGGGGUGGGAUGAUGUAAUGAUGAGCUAUUUGCUGAUUUGUCAGUAUUUUGCUGUCACAUAUUCGCCGAAAUCAAAUUAUUUCAUCACGAUUUUCAAUCCACCAUUCAGUAAAUGUCAGUCCAUCAAUCUGAAAACAGUUGCUAAAUGAUUAACAGCACUGCUAGCUAUGCAAAGUGCUGGUUAGCAUUAGCUUAGCUAGCAUGCUACCAGCUCUGCUCAUUCAAAUAACUCAAAUCUGAGGAACCAAAGUCAGGCGGCCUGUUCUGUGGUGUUUGGAGCCUCCUAGCUAGGCUAAUGCUAACCUCUCAUUUAGCCUAGUUAGCUUAUCUAGGAUCCAACAGAUCCAAACACCACAGCACCGGAGUCAAGUGGCAGGUGUUGAGUGACAGAAAACCGAACUUGUGCUGUGGUGUUUUGAGCUGUAGCCAGCUGAGCUACGCUAAUGCUAGCAUAAUGGGCCAAAGAUUCCACCCAAUGCAGUACAGGUGUGGUUCUAGCCAAAUGAUGUUCUAACAACACUCAUUCAGAAGAUGAAGACUCCAAGAGCACAGCAGACUUGCACUCCAGAGCAGAGUAACAGCCAGUCGAACAUGUUCUCUAGUGUUUACCCUCUUAACUUGCAAGGCCACUUUUGUGUGUAGUUUAUCUUCUGCACCAGCAUGGAACAGCGCAGUACAGCCCUGGGAACUGUUCGGCUCUACAGUGGAAAAGAGGCCUUCGUUUUCUGCCGUAAAGCCUCACUGAGUUGUGAUGUAGCUGCAGACGACUCACAACAAAGAGAAUAUCACCAACCGCUACUGUCGGCUCAUGAGCAAAUGAGAGGCCACAGAUAUUGAGAAAUCAUAGCAAUACUCAUUUAAAGUCUCUUAUGAGUGCGUUAUUUUAAGUGUGCUCCUUAAUGACAUCCUAACACUGGAACCCCACACGUAAUGACAGAUUCCACUGAUUUUCUAUUCCGUCAACCCUCCGGUUCCAGUCAUGUGGUUUUUCUGUUGUGGCUGCGAUGUUUGGGAUCUAGUUUCUGGUUUUGCUGCUGUACAUGAACGUAAGUCGAGGUGAAAGAUGGUUAAAUACACUCCUUCCUUCGGAAGAGAAAAAUGUGACCUCGACAAAGUCGAUAUAAUGGGCUGUGGUCCUCCUGAUCCCACUUAAGCUGGAUGAAAGAUACUAAAUUUUUGUUUUGCUGAUAUAUUUAUCUCAUACUCAGCCCCUCCCCAUAUGCUGAAGAGUCUCUCACAGCGUUUAAAAGCGCAAACGCCUACCAGCUCUUCGCGUCAGGAUGGGUAAAGGAUCCCAUGGUGCUGCAUAAAGAGGAGAUAAAUUCUGAUCAUAGGAGGCAAAUGACAUCAGCUCAUUAAUGCAGAUGUGAUCAAUGCUGGCCUUAAAGAACUUUAGCUGAUGUUAUCAGCCAAGAGAUGAGCUGCGGACCGCCGGGAUACCUUUAUUCUCUGUUUCUGAUUUAAAUGACGUUUGAAUGGAGAAACAUAAAUGUUAAAUAUCAGACUGAAUGUCGUGGGACAGAAAACGACGCCGUGUUUCAACAGAUGCGGUUCUGUAAGGUUCCUGGUGCAGUUAGUUCAGAGUUCAGCUCCAGUCUUGAAACGCCUGCCGUGCAUAAUUGUGGUCUCCUGGUUAAAAUUCCUGAUAUUAUCAGCUGAUUAAUCCCUUCUGGAGCUGAACGAGGUGUGAACAUGAGAAACACUGAACUAUACAGUGCAGCGGCUCCAAACCUGGAGUGAAAACACUGAAUUAAAGGCCUGUGAGUCUCUCGUCUCUCAGCUUCUGUCGCAUCUCACAGGUCAAUCGUUCACAAAAUACAGCCGAUUGAAGGCGUCGCAGCCACUGUACAGUGUGCUGUCACACAAAACGCGAGAAUAACCCCCCAAACUACAAAAUAAACUCACACAUAUUAAAAAAUUUCACCAUACAUCAAACAACAAGCCUGCUGUUAGCGCACGGUUUAGGGGCAUGUUAGCACAGCUGAAAAGUCCUCAGUAACACUCCUGUUAUGCCGGUAUGUCACUGUUGUUGGAAGAAAAUCUUGUUUUCCAGUUUUUGACAUAAUUUGAAAAUACCUGGUGUUUGUUAUAUUCUAAUAUGUAAAUUUCAUGAUGAAUGGACCAAAAGAAAUGGCCCAAAAUGA